CCAGACCAAAGGUCUUCUACCUGCUCUUAUUCCAACUUAGGUUUCACUCCUCGGCCCACACAGGUAAGAAUUUCACUAAAUAUCUAAGUAUCGUGUAUGUUUUUGGGUUAACAUGUUUUGUAUUCUUCGAUAUGUGAACAAGUCUAGUGUUCUUUAUAUUUAUGACAAUGUGCCUAUGGCCUUCAUGGCUAAAUUAAUUUCAUCGUUUCAGACAAACAGGAAAAGUUUGUUUGUCAAUCUUUACUACAGAAUAUUCAUGCGUGUGAUACUACAACUGUAGGAUCUUAAAGACAUUAUUAUGUGGAUUAUAAUUAAUGGACAUCUUUGUAAGGGGUUGAUACAUUCUGAAAUUUCAAAGUGGAAAUUACAAACUUCAGAAGCCUUUUUAAGCCUCAAAUACACUACAAGUUCUCCUGCAACAGGGUGAUCAAAUUAAGAUCCUAGUUCUGUAUAGCAGGAUAAAUGCUUGUUAUUCAAGGAAUUAACUUCAUGUAUACUCAGACCUGGCCUCUGCAUCACUGAGACUCCAUCAGCUGCAUACCUUGCUUAUGAUCAUGAUGUUUAUUUACAGAUUGCUCAAUAGUGAUAAUGAGACUCCAUCAUGAUACUAGUAAAGUAGCAUUUUCCUCAUUCCAUUAUUGUGACAUGGACAUGGAGGAGUAAUUUGUUUCAAUAGUGAUAAUCAACAGAUCAUGAUGGAUAGAAAGUACUGUAGUUAGUCCUUUGUCAUUCCAUUGUGACACAUAUAAACUAGAAAGAAGACAGCAUGUGAUGUUGAUUUUCCAGACAGUGAUCUCCUGUACCGUCAGUGUCAUCAGACAGACAGUGAUCACCUGUACCGUCAGUGUCAUCAGACAGACAGUGAUCUCCUGUACCGUCAGUGUCAUCAGACAGACAGUGAUCUCCUGUACCGUCAGUGUCAUCAGACAGACAGUGAUCUCCUGUACCGUCAGUGUCAUCAGACAGACAGUGAUCUCCUGUACCGUCAGUGUCAUCAGACAGACAGUGAUCUCCUGUACCGUCAGUGUCAUCAGACAGACAGUGAUCUCCUGUACCGUCAGUGUCAUCAGACAGACAGUGAUCUCCUGUACCGUCAGUGUCAUCAGACAGACAGUGAUCUCCUGUACCGUCAGUGUCAUCAGACAGACAGUGAUCUCCUGUACCGUCAGUGUCAUCAGACAGACAGUGAUCUCCUGUACCGUCAGUGUCAUCAGACAGACAGUGAUCUCCUGUACCGUCAGUGUCAUCAGACAGACAGUGAUCUCCUGUACCGUCAGUGUCAUCAGACAGACAGUGAUCUCCUGUACCGUCAGUGUCAUCAGACAGACAGUGAUCUCCUGUACCGUCAGUGUCAUCAGACAGACAGUGAUCUCCUGUACCGUCAGUGUCAUCAGACAGACAGUGAUCACCUGUACCGUCAGUGUCAUCAGACAGACAGUGAUCUCCUGUACCGUCAGUGUCAUCAGACAGACAGUGAUCUCCUGUACCGUCAGUUCAUCAGACUGCUGGGCUGGGCUGCUGAGGAGGGCUCUGCUGCGGGUGGGGCUGGGCUCUGCUGGGGCUGGGGCUGCUGGGGUGGGGCUGUGGGGCUGGGGCUGGGUGCUGGGGAUGGGGUGGGGCUGCUGGGAUGGGGCUGGGGCUGCUGGGGCUGGGGCUGCUGGGGAUGGGGCGUGGGGUGCUGGGGCUGGGGUGUGGGUGCUGGGGCUGGGGCUGGGGCUGCUGGGAUGGGGCUGGGCUUGGGGAUGGGGCUGGGGCUGGGGGUGCUGGGGAUGGGGCUGGGGCUGGGCUGGGGCUGGGCUGCUGGGGAUGGGCUGUGGGGGCUGCUGGGGCUGGGGCUCUGGGGGGGCUGGGGCUGGGGCUGUGGGGAUGGGGCUGGUGGGGCUGCUGGGGCUGGGGCUGGGGCUGUUGGGGCUGGGGCUGCUGGGGCUGGGGUGCUGGGAUGGGGCUGCUGAGGCUGGGGCUGGGCUGCUGGGGUGGGCUGGGGCUGUGGGGAGCUGCUGGGGCUGCUGGGCUGCUGGGGCUGCUGGGGUGUGGGGCUGGGGUGCUGGGGCUGGGGCUGAUGGGUUUGGGGUGCUGGGGCUGAGGGGGGGGUGCUGAGGGCUGGGGCUGGGGCUGCUGGGGCUGGGGCUGGGGCUAGGGCUGGGGCUGGGGCUGGGGCUGCUGAGGCUGGGGCUGCUGGGGCUGGGGCUGCUGAGGCUGGGGCUGGGGCUGCUGGGGCUGGGGCUGCUGAGGCUGGGGCUGGGGCUGCUGGGGCUGGGGCUGCUGAGGCUGCUGGGGCUGGCCAGACAGCCAGCAAACCAGCCAGCCAGCCAGCAAACCAGCCAGCCAACCAGCCAGCUAACCAGCCAGCCAACCAGCCAGCCAGCCAAACAGCCAGCAGGACAACCAGACAACCAGCCAGCUAACCAGCCAGCCAACCAGCCAGCCAGCAACACAACUAGCCAGCCAGACAGCCAAACAGCCAAACAGCCAGCAAGACAACCAGACAACCAGCCAGCCAGCCAGCAAACCAGCCAACCAACCAGUCAGCUAGCUAACCAGCCAACAAACCAGCCAGCCAGCCAACCAGCCAGCCAGCUAACCAGCCAGCCAACCAACCAGCUAGCUAACCAGCCAGCCAGCCAGCUAACCAGCCAGCCAGCAAGACAACUAGCCAGCCAGACAGCCAACCAGCCAGCCAGCCAGCCAGCCAAACAGCCAAGCAGACAGACAGCCAGACAGACAGCCAGACAGACAGACAGCCAACCAGCCAGCCAUCCAAACAACCAAGCAGACAGCCAGCCAGACAGACAGACAGACAGCCAGCCAGACAGAUAGCAAAGCAGACAGACAGCCAGACAGACAGCCAGACAGACAGCCAGACAGACAGACAGACAGACAGCCAGACAGACAGACAGCCAAGCAGACAGACAGCUAGACAGACAGCCAGACAGACAGCCAGACAGCCUAUCAAAGAGGAGAGAAGACCAGUGUCUUUGUGGAUGAGAGAAGAAGAUAGGAAGCUCAGAAAUGACACCACAAGCAAAGGCAUGCUGAAAGAUAGCAAGCUGCUGAAGCACAAUCCUCCCCUUUGUGCUUUUCUUAGAGGCAUUAUUGCAACAGUGAUUUCUCUGAGGCGUUAACAGCUGACAUUGCCUUACAGAGAGAGAAGCAGAAAGGAAAUACUUUGUGUUAUUACUAUGUUUCUGUAUCUCUUCAGUAUGAUCUGAAUCCUCAAUAUCUUUUAAUGGUGUUUAUUAUCCUUCACAUUAUUAAUUGAAGGAAAAGAUCAUGGCUGCAUGUGGGCUACUGCUAGUGUGUCUGGUGAGCACACUGCUGACUACUGGAGCUGGGGUUGAGGAGAACCAACUGCUGACUACUGGAGCUGGGGUUGAGGAGAACCAACUGCUGACUACUGAAGGACUGGUGAGAGGGAAACUAUGAACUGCUUGGAAAGAGGGAAACUAUGAACUGCUUAGUGAGAGGGAAACUAUGAACUGCUUAGUGAGAGGGAAACUAUGAACUGCUUAGUGAGAGGGAAACUAUGAACUGCUUAGUGAGAGGAAAACUAUGAACUGCUUAGUGAGAGGGAAACUAUGAACUGCUUAGUGAGAGGGAAACUAUGAACUGCUUAGUGAGAGGAAAACUAUGAACUGCUUAGUGAGAGGGAAACUAUGAACUGCUUAGAAAGAGGGAAACUAUGAACUGCUUGGAAAGAGGGAAACUAUGAACUGCUUAGUGAGAGGAAAACUAUUAACUGCUUAGUGAGAGGGAAACUAUGAACUGCUUAGAAAGAGGGAAACUAUGAACUGCUUAGAAAGAGGGAAACUAUGAACUGCUUAGUGAGAAGGAAACUAUGAACUACUUAUUGAGAGGGAAACUAUGAACUGCUUAGUGAGAGGGAAACUAUGAACUGCUUAGUAAGAGGGAAACUGUGAACUGCUGAGAGAGAAGGAAACUAUUAACUGCUUAGUGAGAGGGAAACUAUGAACUGCUUAUUGAGAGUGAAACUAUGAACUGCUUAGAGAGGGGGAAACUAUGAACUGCUUGGUGAGAAGGAAACUAUGAACUGCUUAGUGAGAAGGAAACUAUGAACUGCUUAGUGAGGGGGAACUAUGAACUGCUUAGUGAGAGGGAAACUAUGAACUGCUUAGUAAGAGGGAAAGUAUGAACUGCUUAGUAAGAGGGAAACUAUGAACUGCUGAGUGAGAGGGAAACUAUGAACUGCUUAGUGAGAAGGAAACUAUGAACUGCUUAGUGAGAGGGAAACUAUGAACUGCUUAGUGAGAGGGAAACUAUGAACUACUUAGUGAGAAGGAAACUAUGAACUGCUUAGUGAGAAGGAAACUAUGAACUGCUUAGUGAGGGGGAACUAUGAACUGCUUAGUGAGAGGGAAACUAUGAACUGCUUAGUAAGAGGGAAAGUAUGAACUGCUUAGUAAGAGGGAAACUAUGAACUGCUGAGUGAGAGGGAAACUAUGAACUGCUUAGUGAGAAAGGAAACUAUGAACUGCUUAGUAAGAGGGAAAGUAUGAACUGCUUUGUGAGAAGGGAAAAUGAACUGCUUCGUGAGAGGGAAACUAUGAACUGCUUAGUAAGAGUGAAACUAUGAACUGCUUAGUGAGAGGGAAACUAUGAACUGCUUAGUGAGAAGGAAACUAUGAACUGCUUAGUGAGAGGGAAACUAUGAACUGCUUAGUGAGAGGGAAACUAUGAACUACUUGGUGAGAAGGAAACUAUGAACUGCUUAGUGAGAAGGAAACUAUGAACUGCUUAGUGAGGGGGAACUAUGAACUGCUUAGUGAGAGGGAAACUAUGAACUGCUUAGUAAGAGGGAAAGUAUGAACUGCUUAGUAAGAGGGAAACUAUGAACUGCUGAGUGAGAGGGAAACUAUGAACUGCUUAGUGAGAAGGAAACUAUGAACUGCUUAGUGAGAGGGAAACUAUGAACUGCUUAGUGAGAGGGAAACUAUGAACUACUUAGUGAGAAGGAAACUAUGAACUGCUUAGUGAGAGGGAAACUAUGAACUGCUUAGUGAGAGGGAAACUAUGAACUGCUUAGUAAGAGGGAAACUGUGAACUGCUGAGAGAGAAGGAAACUAUUAACUGCUUAGUGAGAGGGAAACUAUGAACUGCUUAUUGAGAGUGAAACUAUGAACUGCUUAGAGAGGGGGAAACUAUGAACUGCUUAGCGAGAGGGAAACUAUGAACUGCUUAGUGAGAGGGAAACUAUGAACUGCUUAGUGAGAGGGAACUAUGAACUGCUUAGUGAUAGGGAAACUAUGAACUGCUUAGUAAGAGUGAAAUUAUGAACUGCUUAGUGAGAGGGAAACUAUGAACUGCUUAGUGAGAAGGAAACUAUGAACUGCUUAGUGAGAGGGAAACUAUGAACUGCUUAGUGAGAGGGAAACUAUGAACUACUUGGUGAGAAGGAAACUAUGAACUGCUUAGUGAGGGGGAACUAUGAACUGCUUAGUGAGAGGGAAACUAUGAACUGCUUAGUAAGAGGGAAAGUAUGAACUGCUUAGUAAGAGGGAAACUAUGAACUGCUGAGUGAGAGGGAAACUAUGAACUGCUUAGUGAGAAGGAAACUAUGAACUGCUUAGUGAGAGGGAAACUAUGAACUGCUUAGUGAGAGGGAAACUAUGAACUACUUAGUGAGAAGGAAACUAUGAACUGCUUAGUGAGAAGGAAACUAUGAACUGCUUAGUGAGAAGGAAACUAUGAACUGCUUAGUGAGAGGGAAACUAUGAACUGCUUAGUGAGAGGGAAACUAUGAACUACUUAGUGAGAAGGAAACUAUGAACUGCUUAGUGAGAAGGAAACUAUGAACUGCUUAGUGAGGGGGAACUAUGAACUGCUUAGUGAGAGGGAAACUAUGAACUGCUUAGUAAGAGGGAAAGUAUGAACUGCUUAGUAAGAGGGAAACUAUGAACUGCUGAGUGAGAGGGAAACUAUGAACUGCUUAGUGAGAAGGAAACUAUGAACUGCUUAGUAAGAGGGAAAGUAUGAACUGCUUUGUGAGAAGGGAAAAUGAACUGCUUCGUGAGAGGGAAACUAUGAACUGCUUAGUGAUAGGGAAACUAUUAACUGCUUAGCGAGAGGGAAAGUAUGGACUGCUGAGUGAGAGGGAAACUAUGAAUUGCUUAGUGAGAGGGAAACUAUGAACUGCUUAGUGAGAGGGAAACCAUCAACUGUUUAGUAAGAGGGAGACUAUGAACUGCUUAGUGAGAGAGAAACUAUUAACUGCUUAGUGAGAGGGAAACUAUGAACUGUUUAGUGAGAGGGAAACUAUGAACUGCUUAGUGAUAGGGAAACUAUGAACUGCUUACUGAGAGGGAAACUAUGAACUGCUUAGUGAGAGGGAAACUAUGAACUGCUUAGUGAGAGGGAAACUAUGAACUGCUUAGUAAGAGGGAAACUAUGAACUGCUGAGAGAGAGGGAAACUAUUAACUGCUUAGUGAGAGUGAAACUAUGAACUGCUUAGAGAGAGGGAAACUAUUAACUGCUUAGCGAUAGGGAAACUAUGAACUGCUUAGUGAGAGGGAAACUAUGAACUGCUUAGUGAGAGGGAAACUUUUAACUGCUUAGUGAGAGGUAAACUAUGAACUGCUUAGUGAGAGGGAAACUAUGAACUGCUGAGAGAGAGGGAAACUAUUAACUGCUUAGUGAGGGGGAAACUUUUAACUGCUUAGUGAGAGGGAAACUAUGAACUGCUUAGUGAGAGGGAAACUAUGAACUGCUUAGUGAGAGGGAAACUUGUGAUGAGAUAAUAUCAUACAUCUUGAAUAAUAACUUAAACAUACCUUGUCAUCCUAUUUACAGAUUGUGGACUGUAGCAACAAGACACUGCGAUCCAUACCCUCGAAUCACCCUCAAAACAUCACCAAACUAAUUCUGAGCAAUAACCUCAUAGAGUUGUCCAUUGCUGACGAAGCUGCUCUGAAGAAUUACUCCCGUCUGACUGAGCUCCAUCUAGAUGGUAACCGGUUGACUGUUCUGCCGGGGAAGCUGUUUAAGACCAUGUCAGAGCUGAAGGUCCUCAACCUGUCCCACAACAAUAUCAGUAGAGUGGAGCCGAAGGCGUUGUCUGGCCUGUUUAACCUGAGGGAGCUGGACCUGUCCCACAAUCAGCUACAGUCCCUACCUCUAGACCUACUGGCUGAUAUACAGACACUGGCUAUCCUCAGGCUAGGGGGGAACACACUGCGGAAGUUAUACAUCUCUGUGGAGAAGAAUCAGUUAAAGGAGCUAGAUCUGAAGGAGAAUCCAUUGAACUGCUCUUGUGUAUUUCUCAACAAGAUUAAAUCGAUGACCGACUCAAAGGUCCAGAUAAGUAAGCAGCUUUUUUUUCUCUCUGUUUGCUAGUAAUCCCCACGGUCUAUUUUCCAUUCAAAGCCUGCUGCGAUCCUUCUUUACACCACGCUGACAUCUACUGGUCCUCUGUAGCUCAGCUGGUAGAGCACGGAGGGUAGUGGGUUCGAUCCCCGGGACCACCCAUUCACAAACAAAAAAAAAUUAUGCACGCAUGACUGUAAGUCACUUUGGAUAAAAGCGUCUGCUAAAUGGCAUAUUAUUUUAUAUUAUUACUGACAACAAUGUUUAAAUGAGCAUUAGGGCCAACUUUCCAGCGUUGGUUGAUGGGAAACGGGAUGUGUGUAUUUCUGCAGCAGGCUCCUGUGCCAGCCCUGAGGACCUGGCUGGUAAAGGCAUACUGGACAACGGUACCAGCUGCUCUUCAGGGUCAUCAUCAUCAUCAUCAUCAACAGUUUCACCACCUACAACUCAGUCAACCACUGAGCCAACCUCAGCCCAGACCCCUACACACUCAGUGUCACUUGCAGUUACUGAACACACGAGCCUCUUCGACAAAGGUAAGAUAAAAUGUACAUUAAAUCAAUUGACUGGUCUUCCAGCAGAUAGAGUCCCCUCUUGUAAACAUCAUAUGAUCUUGACUUUUGUUAAAACACUGAAUACGGCUAUUGUUGAGAACAGAAGCAUAUGAGAGAGGUGACCUACAAAAUACUGUCAUGGAUGACUUCAGUCAUGAUUCUACGCAUCAGUCAGCAGACAAGAAACCAUCAUCUGGACAAGAGCAGCUUCACUCUGAGGAGACCUCGUAAGAGUUCAGCUGCACUCUGAGGAGACCUCGUAAGAGUUCAGCUGCACUCUGAGGAGACCUCGUAAGAGUUCAGCUGCACUCUGAGGAGACCUCGUAAGAGUUCAGCUGCACUCUGAGGAGACCUCGUAAGAGUUCAGCUGCACUCUGAGGAGACCUCGUAAGAGUUCAGAAGUGACUCCGGGGGGGUAUCCGUAUUCCCAAAGCAUCUCAGAGUAAGAGUGCUGGUCUAGUAUCAGUGUUGCAUUUUAGAUCAUAAUAAAUCAGAUGAUACAGACGGGGUGACCGGAUCCUAGAUCAGCACUCCUACUCUGAGAAAGGAGGUUAAAUCGCUCUAUAACAAUGGCGGUCUGAGGAGGCCCAUAUCCUGAGGAGCAGGGUUGGGGUCAAUUCGAGUUCAAGAAGUGAUUUUGAAUUGAAAAUUUAAAACUUGAAAAAAAAGGAAUGAAAUAAAUAGCUUCCAGUUUAUUGAGAAGUCAUUGAAAAUUGACACCCUUUUUCCCAAAUGUUGAAUUGGAAUAUCAGUGUACUUCCUGAAUUGGCAGCCUUCAAUUCGAAUUGACCCCACUCCUGCUGAGGAGACGUCUGAAGAGUGUUAAAAAGUAUGUGACCCCCUGGCUGUUUCUGUUUGCUCAGGCGUGGACCCAGGCAGUGGCAGUGGGAUGCCUGUGGUGGGGAACACCUGGAAGUUUCUCCUUGGUGUGGUAGCCAUCGCCCUGACCACCUCUAUGUUAAUCGUGUGUGCCGUCAAGUCCCCGUCCUGGUACAAGCUGCUGUUCAACUACCGGCACCAGCGGUUGAGAGAUGAGGAGGAGGAUGCUAACGUGUUCACUACAGGACGCUACUCUAACUUCAGCUUGGACACGGAGCACACGGAGACCAGCGCCCAUGAGCUGGACCACAGGCCGGAUGGGUUGGAUGAUGAGGAGGAGGAGGACGGAUACAUAGAGGACCGCUACAUAGAGGCAGAGGACUAUAAAGACAACACAGAACCCUGAUGCUCUCUGAGCCGCUCCCAGCCUUCUGUUUGUGUAUGUGACCUUGGGUAUUGUGACAUCAAAAUGAUCCCUUUCGAUACGAUAAAGUAUCCUAUUCUACUCUACUCACUGAUAGUAUGAGAAAGCCAUGGUUGUCUGUACGUAACCCAUGCAUUGCCUGCUGUCACUGAUUAUCAUUUAUUGUUUGGCCAUUGAGUUCAAUGCUUUUCUCUUUCAUCAGACAAAACGUGCCUAAAGGUUGUGUACAUUUGUAAAUAUUUGCAAGUUUUGGAAAUGUAGGAAUUGAGUGAAAGGCCCGACCAGGUGGGGUGUUUUGAGGUCAUGAUUUAGGAUACUUGCAAAGUUGUACUGCCGGAGACAUAGUGUAGGUAAUCAACGUUUUGUCAUAUUAAAUACAUAUUUGAGUACUUACUCUCAUCUCACUGUGAAUAUGACAUCCAUACUUUGGGCCUCUCUGUCGUUCUGUGCUUUCAGCUACAGGAAACUAGUAUGCAAACAGUUAGGGUUAGGGCUGAUUUAAGGAAUUAAUACAUGAAUGAAUGAAUGAAUGAA